AUGAAUAUCGUCGAGUGGGCAUUCGGAAAGCGCAUGACGCCAGCGGAGCGUCUGCGCAAACACCAAAGGGCGCUGGACCGAACGCAGAGGGAGCUGGACCGGGAAAGAGUCAAGCUGGAAAACCAGGAGAAGAAGUUGAUCCAAGAUAUCAAGAAGAGCGCCAAGAACGGGCAGAUCGGCGCCUGCAAGAUCCAAGCGAAAGAUCUGGUUCGGACAAGGAGGUACAUCCAGAAGUUCUACCAGAUGCGGACACAACUACAGGCGAUUUCUCUCCGAAUUCAGACUGUACGAAGCAAUGAGCAGAUGAUGCAAUCUAUGAAAGGAGCCACCAUGCUACUAGGCAGCAUGAAUCGCCAGAUGAAUCUUCCCGCGCUUCAACGGAUCGCGAUGGAGUUUGAACGAGAAAACGAUAUCAUGGACCAACGGCAAGAAAUGAUGGAUGAUGCGAUCGAUGAGGCCACUGGACUCGAGGGAGAGGAAGAGGAGGGCGAAGAUAUCGUCAAGGAAGUUUUGGAUGAAAUUGGUGUUGAUCUGAGCCAGGCGCUUGGUGAAACCCCUACAGAUAUCCAGAAGACUGCAGUUGGUGAGAGCAGAGUUGCUCAAGCUGUUGGCGCUGGCGGGCCAGGGAACGAUGACGAUCUUCAGGCCAGGCUUGACAGUCUUCGGCGGUGA